AUGAAUCUGACAACUCCAGAUUCUCCAAUACAGAAGGCCAAGUGGACACAGCCUCCUCCAAGAGUAAGCUCUCAAAGUCUCCUCCCACUGGUUUCUUACACUGAGACUAAAGGCCAUACUGUUACCACCUUCAAACUGUACCAGCGAGCUAAGCAUGUGUACAGCGAAGCUGGCAGAGUGCUAGAAUUUAAGAAGAUAUGCAGUGAGGCACCUGCUAGUGCAAUCCAGCUGCUGGGAGAAUUAAUGAACCAGAGUCAUAUCAGCUGCAGGGACAUGUAUGAAUGCAGCUGCCCUGAACUGGAUCAGCUGGUGGACAUCUGCCUGCAGUCUGGGGCCAUCGGGUCACGCUUGACUGGAGCAGGAUGGGGCGGCUGCACUGUGUCAAUGGUGCCUUCUGACAAGCUGAGUACCUUCCUAACAAAUGUGAAAGAAGCUUAUUACAAAAGCAAUGACCAAAGGUUAGCUCUGGAGAAGAAUAGUCUGUUUGCUACCAAACCUGGAGGUGGAGCUUUGGUUUUUCUUGAGGCCUAAAGAAUGUAAAAGUUUCAAAGAAACUAUGUAGGGCAUUUGGGAACUGGCAGGACUUCCUAUGCCACAGUAAAUUAAUCCCUUUUCUGUUUUGUAUUAUAAUGAGCAGUUGCUAUUAUCAAGAUACAUUUCUGAAGAAACAAUUAGAAGAGGUUUCUUAGGCUUUAUAAUGCAUUUUUCCAUACUAAAAAUAUCCUUCCAAUGAAAAGCAGCCUAAAUACUUAUUUCUCUCUGGAUUAUGCAAUGUAAAGGUGAUUUGCUAAAAUAUAUUCUUUUGAAAAACGGAACAAAGCAGACAAUUCAAAUAAAGAG